AUGGCUCCAAAGGUUGCAAUUAUCAUCUACAGUUUGUACCACCACGUUGCACAGCUGGCAGAGGCUGAGAAGGCCGGUGUUGAGGCCGCUGGCGGUGUCGCUGACAUCUACCAAGUGCCAGAGACGCUCGAUGAUGCCACGUUGAAGCUCCUCCACGCGCCAGAAAGACCAAACUACCCAAUUGCUACUCCAGACACAUUGACCCAGUACGAUGCCUUUUUGUUUGGUAUUCCAACUAGAUUCGGUAACUUCCCAGCACAGUGGAAGGCCUUCUGGGACUCCACCGGUGGCCUCUGGGCUAGUGGUGCGCUUUACGGUAAGAUCGCCGGUGUCUUUGUCACCACCGGUACCCCAGGUGGUGGUCAAGAGGUUACCGUUUUGAACUCCCUUUCGGUGUUGGCCCACCACGGUAUCAUCUACGUGCCAUUGGGUUACAAGAACACAUUCGGAGAGUUGACAAACUUGGAGGAGCCACACGGUAGUUCUCCAUGGGGUGCCGGUGCCUACGCCGGUGGUGACGGUUCAAGACAACCAAGCAAGUUGGAGUUGUCCAUUGCCACUACCCAGGGUAAGGUGUUUUACGAGACUGCCCAAAAGUUCUAA